AUGUCGCUCGAACUCUUUGACGUGCCCGAUGUGGAUUAUCGGUACGAAGCCUCGCGGGAGGUGGAAUUUCAACCCGCCUUGACAGGCAUUCAACCCAUCACCUUCUCCAUUCCAGGCUCCGACGAUUAUUACGAUACCAAUUCCCUCCGCUUCAAAGUCAAAGUGCGCCUGACCGAUCCUGCCGCUGGGUACAAUGGGUUGGUGGCCAAUCUGGCCAACUCCGAUGCCAACAAUUCCAGAAACACCUACUGCGUCAACAAUUUCGGUCACACCAUCUUUCGAGAUAUCACCAUGAGCAUGAAUGGCGUCCUCAUGACUGAACAGAGCAACACUUACCAUUACAGAGCCUACGUAGAAACCCUGCUGAAUUACAACCGAGAGGAAGGAGCCACCAAGCUAGCCCCCCAAGGAUGGGUCAAUCAGCUCAAUGUGAUUGAAGAAAUGGGAGCUACAGGAGCCAAUUCGGAUGUGCCCACGGGCGCGGAUUGGAGUGGCAAUACAGAAUUGCGAUCCCUGACCAGCCGAUUGCUGGGUGAAAAUUGGCACACCUUCAUCGUUCGUCCCCAUUUGCCACCCCUCAAGACAGGCAAAUUGUUGGUCCCCAAUAUCCAGAUGGACUUUGAACUCUUCCUCAACCCCAACACCGUCUACCUGAUGGGCACCCCUAACAAAGGCACCUUGAACGCCAAGAAAUUUCCAGCCAUCCACAAUGAUGACAUCAAAGUCACCUUAUUGAUGAGAAAAGUGACCCUGAAUGCCAGCGUCUAUGUCAGACUGCAGAAAGAAAGACAGCUGAACAAACAGAUUGCCCGCUACCCUGUCGUGCGGAGCGAAAUUCGCACGUUUUCCUUUGAUGGUCGCACCACUCAGUGGGAACAAGACAAUGUGUUUGUGGGUCGAUUUCCUGACCGAGUGAUGGUGGGGUUAUUGCAUUCCAACACCUUCAAUGGAGACCUCACCAGAUACCCCUUUGCCUUUGAAAAGUUUGGUGUCACCCAAGUACGACAGACCUUGAAUGGAGAAGAAUACCCUUACAGAACCCUGCAACUAACUGGAGACCAAGCCUAUGAAGAUUUGCUGGGCUACGAUCGAUUUCUACAAGCCAUGGGUGCCUACAAUGAAGACAAGAUCCCCAUGUUGCUGCCUGGUGAUUGGGGACAAGACAAGAACUGCACCUUGUUCAUGUUUAACAAUGUGCCUAGUGGAAAAGCCGAUGACCCCCAGUAUCGCAACCCCCGCCAAUCAGGUAAUACGCGACUAGUGAUUGAUUUUGCUGCCGCGGUCGGUCACAACAUCACCGUGUUGGUAUGGAGCGAGUAUGAAAACAUGUAUGAGAUCAAUCAUCUGGGAGGUAUAAAAUACAACAUCAACGGCUAAAGUAGCCUCAGAAGUCAAAAGACACCGGGCAUGGAGUUUGUGGCGCUCAGUGAUACUGUAUUGCGGACCCUGGCCCUGGAAGAUCCCACCUUACGGCGCGUGUUUCAUGGAGUGCACCCAGCCGACCAACUCCCCCGAUCCCCCGCCAAAGAGAUCCGUCAAGCGUAUAUUGUCAAUACCGAUCCAGCGGGAGAACCGGGCCAGCAUUGGUUGGGGCUGUGGACAGAAAAGAACCAGUGCGAGAUCUUUGACAGUUAUGGUCUACCCCUGCACGUGUACACCAACCCGGAGUUGCAUCAAUGGUGGAGUCAAUGGAAGUACCUGACGCGCAGUGACCAGACCCUGCAAGCCUUGGAUAGCCAAACCUGCGGCCAUUAUGCUUUAUUUUUCUUGAAAGCCCGUGCGCAAGGACAGUCGUAUCAAGAAUUUUUGAGUCAAUGGAGUUGCGACAAUUUAGUGUUGAAUGAUCAGAAAGUGGCCGACCAGUUGAAACGGGUGAUUAAACAGGAAUUACAAGAUGAAGUGGAUGCCCGAUGUCCUAACGGGGGGCAAAAGAAUGUGAGCCGCCAGGCCUUUAUCACUUGUAAUCAUUGUGAGUGUUGAAUAAAACCCAUAAAACGAGGUGUGUCGUGAAAGAGUGGUCAUUGUCUCUCAUCAUGAUUACGCGAAGCGAUGUGCAGCGUGUGGUGGAUGCGUUUAUUCUCGAAGAAACCUUGUAUUGGUGGGAACAUCCGAUCGAGCGGAUCAACACCGUGCAAGGCAUUGACGCGUGGGAUGGGUAUCAUUGGUUAGUGGCUCGACAAUUGGCGCAAGACCAAGACUGGGUGUCCCUCAAACAGUACAUGGACAGUAUGAGUGAAACGUAUUUAAGAGAGACCAUGGAACGUCUGAUUCAGUGUGAAUCGCCACGAUUGUACCGCGACUAUUGGACAACAUGCCCAACCACAGACGACGACCCUGCUUUCGCCAAAACGGGCGCGGCAUCAUGAGCGUGUUGGCCAAAGCGUAUAAAAUUGGCGACCAAUUGGGACGGGACAAACGGUAUAAACGCAUGGGUGCUAAAGGGGCCACAGGUCAUUAUCGACGUCACCCUCGACCGUGGGAAUCAUGAUCCGUCAACCCAGUAGUGUGAUCAUCGCGGGCCCCUCGGGCAGUGGCAAGACGGACUUGGUGGAACAAUGGUUACGGUACCUGAACGUCUUUCAAGUCAAACCCCGCAAGAUUGUGUAUGCCUAUGAUCGUUGGCAACCCCGGUUUGAGCGUAUGCAAAAAAAAGAUGGGAUUCAAUUUCAUCGCGGGUUACCGGACCCCCGUCAUUUGACGCAAUGGUUUGGUCGGACGCGCGGAGGGGUACUGGUCUUGGACGACCUGAUGGAAGAAGGGGGACAAGACAAGCGCGUGUUGGAUUUGUUCACCAAAGAUUCGCAUCAUCGCAACAUCACCGUGCUGUAUUUGACACAAGAUUUAUUCCCGCCUGGCAAAUUUUCCAAGACCAUCAAUCGCAACGCGCAUUACAUUGUGGCGUUCAAAAACCCCCGGGAUCAAACAGGCAUCCGAACCAUUUUAUUGCAAGCCUUUCCGGAUCGGUGGCGUCAAGUCUUGCGCCUAUUUAAACGCAUCACGGCCCGUCCCUUUGGCUAUUUGAUGUUGGAUGUGCAUCCUGCGUCGGAUGAUCGCUACCGCCUGUGGAGUCAUUUAACGCCUCGAGAAGGCAAGGCACAAGUCCACACCUUGCGUGCGGAUGUCCCUGCCGUUCGAAAACGAACUGCAACGAGAACUCGCCAGGGUUCGUCGGCAAAGAGAAGGCGGACAACAUACUGAGUUAGCCGCCCGCAUGGACACGCCCACCUUCUCGCCCGCGGGCGUGGGCACCCCCACGGCACCGCCCCCUCCACCCCAGGAUCUCAGUAGUAUGACGGACAUGGUGGCCGAAUUGUCUCGACCCGUGGAUCGUGCUCAAUUGGAUCAAGACAUUGACGCCUUUAAUUUGACCUACCCGGUCAAUGUGGACGAUGCCUUGAAUGCGUUCACGUUACCGCCCGUGGCGGGUACCGGCACAGCACCGCCCGCCACCACGGCCACCCAAACCCGUCCUACCACGUCCACCCGAACACGCCCCACCAGCACCACCACCAGUCGACCACGACCCGUCACCUCCACCCGAACACGCCCCGCUACCACCGCCACGACCACCACGGCUCCCUCCCGUCCCUCCACCUCUCGCCGCAGUGCUGGGGCAGGCACCAGGACCACCACCUCCACGGUGACGACCCCCACUGGACGCCCCACUGUGGCCGCCAAACAACCGCGACGACGUCCCCCUGCCCCACCGUCUCCCGAUUCGUCCCCUCCGUCCGAUGACGAGGAUGAAGAUGAUGAUGACGACGAACGAGGGCGAGGAUUAAGGCGACGAUUGGAUUUGCUCAAUGAAGAUGCUCAAGAACGGGCUCGAGGCCGACGCAUCCGCAACAUCACGCAUACCAAUACAGUCACCACCGUCUACGAAGAGGGGGGUCGUCCUUCGGUGCGCCGCACGUCCACCCGCACGUCCGGCCCACGACCCCCACGUCGAGGACGAGGCCGUGGCCGUGGCCGAGCCCGUGGACGAGGUCCCAGGUCUGCGUAAUCAGAAAAAAGGUAUAAAAACAGGGGUCUCUUAUCUAUUGUCCCAAAAAAUGUGUGGUCGUUGUGGACACGCGAUGGCCCCUAGGCGCCAUCGCAAACGCUCCACGACUCGACGAUCAUCACGUCGACGGAGGAUCAAGGGUGGAAAGGCACCGUUUGUCGUGGAUAUCAAAAAAGGCUUCAAGUUGUUGACAGACCCGGCUAUGUGGAAGAUUCCGUCCAAAGCUGACAUACAGGCCGACAAACAACGAGUGGCCAAUUAUAAACGCCAGUAUCGCGCGAGUGGAACUAAAGACUCGUACAACAAGUGGUUGGUCAAAAAGGGGUAUGCCAAAAAAGUGGGUGGGUGCAGUUUGAUGUGACAUGUAUAAAAAAGAGGGACACGGUGUUCCGCUCUCAAACAAGAGUCGUCAUGAGACGCAAACGUAAACGCUCCACGACUCGACGACCCGCUAAACGACGACGGCGUGUGAGUCAAGUGGGGGGUGUCUCGCCAGCACUCAUUGUGGGGAUUGGCAAAGCCGGCUAUGGGAUUACCAAAGCCAUCGGGGAGCAUCAACAAGAGCGUGCCAAAAAAAUAUCCGAUAAACGCUGGCGUGAUUAUCUUUCAGGCAAACGGAAAUCCUAUGGAGGAGAAUCGUUUAAUUGUUCCCUUAUGUGAAAAAACGUAUAAAAAGACCUUUGUGGGCCUGAAUAAGAGUCAAUUGAACGAUGGUCCGGGGACCCAACGGUCGCCGACAUCGUUAUGUCCCUCGAAUACGACGCCGGCGACGUGGACUCCAACGUGGCGCUAGGCUACCGCUUUUGGCGAUGGCUCUCUCGCCUUUGUGGCUCCGGAAACUCAAACCCAGAGUCCAUCUUCGACGCCCGGACUAACCGACGACGACGACCCCAACGAAAAGCCGUCACGUUUGCGUUGGAUUGGGAUGACCAGUAUGACGCGGCCUUGUGUUCACGGUGUCGACAUCACAUGCAAACGCAUUAUCAUGGCGAAUUGUGUGGUCGGUGUGGUGCCAUUUUUACCAUAAAUAGACCUUGGUCGUUGCCUGAACUCAAGAUUCAUCAUGGGGUGGCGCAUGGAACGUCAAGCCCCGUUUUUGAAAAGUGUCUUACAAGAAGCCAAUCAACACAAACGACAAGAAUUGUUGCGGAUGGCUAAUGCGGAUCAGAUCACUGCGGUCAGUGAAUUGGUGAUGAACACCCUCCGUGGCACGGUACCCCGUUCCCGACACACCAUCACGUUGCUCAAACCCCACGCCCAGAGUUUACGCGCCAUGGCUAAACCCGCUCAUUCCGUCAAACGACGACGCGCCAUCAUGAUGGCUCAAACAGGGGGUGCCCUCUGGCCGGAACUCUACCGAUGUUAUAAACGUUGCAUGCGCUAGACAAGAUCCCUCAGUUGCACCAUGGAACCCGAGAUGGUCAGCACCACGGUGAACAACGCCCCAGCUUUUUUACAAUUACGAGACCAGUACAAACAAGAAUUGGUAGAAGAUACCCGUUUGACCAAAGCCGCUGAUUUAGCGGCCAAACAACAUAUACUCCUGACCAGUGAUGUCCCCGAUGCAUGGAAACGGCCUCAACUCAAAGCCGUGAGCCGUCAAUUACGCCAUUGGACCAAAAAAGUGCGCCAACCGUUUGGAGCUGCCGCUGGGGGUGUGAGUGCCGCCGGGGCCACGACCCCCGGCGAUGAUGAUUUUGAGGCGGGUCCCAUGCAAGCCUGGUUCACGCAAUUGGUCAAGGCCACCCAGGGUAUAAAACAAGGCACCCCGACGCGUGGACCCAGAAAACCACCUGUCCCGCCCAAACCAAGGUUCACGCCCAGUGCCAAAAAGAAACUCCAGUUUACCACCCCAUUGAGCAGUGCCGAGUUGGGGGACGAGUUGCCCUUUUCCGAGGCGCCUGGAACAGCCCCGUGGGAAACCCCCAAAGAACGUGUAGACUCUAUCAAGCAAUCAUUCAAGCGCGGGAUUCGCAAAAGAGCCGCGGACAGUGCCAAAAAGAAAGCUGCGGGUGUCGCCAAAAAGAAAGCCGCUGGUUGGGCCAAAAAAGCCUUGGAUUGGAAAUCGUGGAAAACCCCCUAA